AGACGUCAACGUCAACAAUUGGAGGUUGAAGGGAGAAAAUUAAAUGUCAAGGAUAAAGGAUACCAUUUUUCAGUUGAAGUAGGUAAAUAAAGUAAAGUGUAAUAGACCUAAAUACCACCCUCAAGAGAUAAUUGGUAUAGUUCUUCGCUUCUACAUGACCUCUAACGAUAAAGAAGUAGGUUAGCAAAAAUAAUUUCAAAAAUAUGGGUUGCUGCUAUAGUUUCUUUUGCAAAGAUGAUAAUUCCUCACAGGGUGGUGAACCUAAUGAGAGGACACGUUUGCUUGUAGAUCCAGUGUCUAACAAUGCCCACAUACAAAGAGUUAAUAGUGAGGAAAUUCUGAACAAAAAUUCGCACGCCUCACCUAAGAAGACUGAUGAGCAAUCUGCACUAAAUAGAAUACUACAAGAAACAGCAACAAAUGUUAUCGAUGUAGCAGCUCUUGAUUCACACAAUUUACAACAGCACGAAUAUUUAGAGAGGAUGAAAAUCUACAGCCUAAGGACACAUCAAGUUCUUGGAAAUAACAGAUACAAAUUAAGUUCUAGGCCAAAAUCGAUUUUAGAAGAUAUACCGAACCCAGAGGUGGUACUUAAUUCGGAACCAAUUAAUUUUGAUGAUCUAAAUGUGUUUAAAAAAUCUGUUGCAGCCGCAGCUGCGGCUAUCAAUGACAUCAAAGUGGACCACAAAGAAGAUUUGGUGGUGCCUUUUGGUCUCAACUAGAUCGCGAGUCUGGUUCAUUAUAUUCAUGAAAUUAUUUACUGUAAAUACAAAUCUCCGACUCUCUUAGAAUAAGUUAAACUCCCCUGAAACCUUAUACUUUAUGUUUUUGAGUAUUUCAAGUUACUGUGUUAUAUUUUAGAGAUUUAUUUUGUAAUCGUAAAUAAGGUUUCUGCUAGUGAUAAUUAUACUGAUAUAUUGAUAGCGA